CAGCAGGUGAGUUCAUGACAGACACACGGAGACACAGACCAUCUCAGCGGGACUAACAGGACGGCAGGACGGUGACAGCCGAGUGAUUAGAAAGCCAAGGUUAUCAUGAUGUUUCCUCCUCCUGCUGCGGUUCCUGAUGCCCAGAGUGGAACUACAACGAGAGAAGGAGUCUGAAGAAAAUCCAGACAAUCCCUUUACAAUUGGACGAGGAUGGGACGUCCUGCGGGGCUUUUGUUUCCUGUGAUAGGAAACUUCAAUCACUUCAGCGCUCGGUUUUUAUUGGCCCGCACAGUGUCUCAUGAAGCCUCUCAAGGUGUCGUCUGAUUGGCCCCUCAAUCCGCUGAAGACUUGUCAGCCAAUCGGCCUCUGUCUGGCAGUGUCUCCUCUGCAGCACAUUUCGCUUCGGUUGGGACGCAGUGCAAGGAGACCGAGAGAGGGGAGAUCGAGAUUCGCUGCAGCUGAAUCAGGGAUUCUGGUCAAGUGAUCUUCAUCAUGGAGGUGCCCAGAAGGCCUCAGCCCUCCUUCACACUGGCUCUCCCUAAACCGGCUUCAUCUGCUCUGUCUCCCCUGGGAGCUGUAGAGAAGGGCUCCAAGAAAGAAAAGCUCCUGGAGAGGAGGGAUGGAAGCUCAGAGAAGGAUGAUCAAGUUGGACAAGAAAAGAGAAGCUCAGAAGAGGAGACGUUUCAGUCGGAUGUGUCUGUGUUUGUGGAGGCACCUGCCGAUUCCUCAGAAUAUGUGAAUACAAACACUGCUCGAACAAAUUUAAGACUUUCCUCAGAGGAUAGUUUCUCAGAAGAGAACUCAAUAUCAGAGGAGAGGUUGGCAGAGGAGGCUCAUAAGAAGUCUGAGGAGGAGGCAGCAGCAGCUAAAGAGAGGGCAGCACAGAGACAGCUGCUGGCUAUAGAGGAGCUGGUGCAGUCUGAGAGGAAUUACCUUCGAAUGCUGCAACUCAGCACUGUGACUAUCAGGAGCAACCUGCAGAAACUACAGCCUCCUCUAUCCAACCUGGACGGCAUGUUUCUGUUCAUAGAGGAGGUGAUCGAUGUGUCGAGCCGUCUCCUCAGCCUGCUGGACCAGACGCAGGUUAAGCCUGACGACCCUCGUUUCCUGGAGACGCUCUGUCAUUCGUUCCUCAGCCUGUCUUCAGACAUUGAAGCUGCCUAUAGGGAAUACUUGUCCAACUACAACCACGUGACAGUGGUAGAAAACGGAUACAAACAGAAGGAGGCGCUCUGGAAUGACAUCGUUAAAGUCAUCAAGGCCUCAGCACCUGAAGUCAACGCCACCUCUCUGAGUUUCUUCCUGGUCAUGCCGGUGCAGCGGAUCGCCCGCUACCCCCUCCUCCUGCAGACCAUCCAGAAACACACUGACCCGUCUCACCCGGCCUAUGCGCUCCUGGAGCAGACGGCUCACACCUCCAUCGCCUUAAACUGUCGCAUCAAUGAGUACAAACGCUUCAGAGAAGUUGCCGAUAAAUACAAGAAGACGGAAACCCUGACCAUCAAGGACAAGAUCAACCGCCUCAACUCGCACAGCAUCGCGAAGAAGACGGCGAGGUUCAGCCAGCAAAUCAAACAUGAGACUGGAAUAGCACCUAAGCUAGUGGACGAGGAGUUUGACGCCCUGGAAGGUUUCUUUUAUGUUCUGGAGAACGGGAUCCUGGAGCUUCUUGAGAACGUGGAAACAUACCUGAACCACUUACAGGCGUUCCUGGCCUGCAAGACUGAAGAGUUUGACUUGGAUAUGGAUGGAGAGAAGGCACCUAUUUGCUACAAGGAGAUCACCACUGCCCUCAGACAGUGGAUCAUUCCAACAUUUGAAAAGAGGAUGAGAACUUUGAUCCACAAGCCGCUGUGUGCACUCCGUGACCUCCUGGUGGGCCCAAGGAACCUGAUCAGAAAGAGAAUUGACAAGCUUCUCGAUUAUGAAGUGAUAGAGGCCAAAUCCAAUUUGAGCUACGAGGAACAAGCUGUGGCAAACACAUACAGGACCAUGAACACGCUGCUCCUUAACGAGCUUCCUCAGUUUAACGGUCUGGCUCUGCAGAUGAUCUGGAGCAUGUUGGGGACAUUCAGCUGUCUGCAUAAAGACCUCGCCUCAGACAUGGAGCAGCUGUUCCAGAGCUUCGCACAACAGCUCCCUCACAGCUCCCUCCAUCCCGCUGCAUUCUGGGAGUGGGCAGAGUCUGCAGCGCUUGAAGGUGCGAGGAGGCUGCAGACUUUGUGUCAAACUGUGCAGGACACACUGAACGCGCCAGUCGUGCAGCCUCUGAGCCCGUCCUCUCAGCGCCGUCUGAAGCAGCUAACCGACAAGCAUGGUUCUGGAAAGAUCUACCAGGUGAUGACCACAGUGGUGGGCAGUCGGGACCUGGACCUGAACCUGACUAGGGGGGAGCUGGUGGCUGUGAUCAGCGAGGCCGACACCCGAGGAGACAAACGACGGUGGCUGGUUGAUGCAGGAGGCAGGAGAGGCUACGUUCCUAACUCGAAGCUCGUUCGAUAUCACCAGCCAGCAGAGGAACCGCCUCCCUCGCCACACUUGACCCUGCCGGAAGGCAUGAGUGGAGUCAGAAGACACUCGUACACCCCACAGAGCCAGCCACUGACAGUCAUGAGGCAGCCUUGCGUCCAGGUGUUGGCAGCCUACGACUUCACAGCAAGGGGAAACCAUGAAGUUUCUGUUCGGGCCGGAGAACCUGUUCGUGUCCUGGAGCCGCACGACAAGCGAGGGAACCCAGAGUGGAGCCUGGUGGAGGCACGAGGCGGUCAGAGAGGAUACGUGCCCUCCAACUACCUCGCAAUCAUGCCUAUGGGGACAGGGCCGUCCAGCGGCUACUCCCCCUUCUGCUAGGAGGGACGGAGGAAGGAAGUAGGGCGCCAUAUAUCAGCAUGUGCAGUAUGAGAAGGAUCUUUCCAAUACUGUAUUUUGAAUGCAAUAUUUUUUCUAAUGCAGCUGCGGCUGCUUCUCAAACGGUAGCAUGCGACUAUAGCUUGACCAUCAUAUGUUUUUAUUUUCAGUGUCAAAAUCCGUGUUUUUAAAAAGACAUCAGAGCAGCUACUUAAUCUACGAGUAUGCAAUGGUCACUGUGUGAGCGCUAAAAUGCUACAUUUUGUUAGCUGACUGCUGUAUUCAAAUUGACAACUGGAAUUUUUAAAUAUCUUUUCAUGGCUUUUUUUUUGACACCUAAAUCCUGUGAGAAUUUUUGAAAUCACCUCGAAAGUCGACUAAGAGAAAGGUGAAGUUCACCGACCUUUAGCUUUAGCGGGUAAGGUGUCAUUGGCCAUCUCUUCGGCCAUUCCUGUACUAACUUGAAUGCAUAUCAAUUCAAAUCUAAUCCUGCAUUUUGUAGCACCAAAAACACUGUCACUGAAGUGAGCAUGACACAAGUUUGGCAUAAUGUUGUGGACAAAUUCAGUUUGUCUCUCUCUCUUUUCUUUUUUUUUUUUUUAACAGACUGACAUUUGGCUCUAACAUGACAUGAGCUAAACAUCAGAAAUGACUGGACAGAAAAUGUGAGAAAGCUCCUGGUUGAAUGUGUGCAAGAGAAGACAUUUAUUCAUUGCUCCUAUUUUUUUUUUUUUUUCAGCGUGGACAGUAAAUCUGCAAAACAAUCAGAAAAUGUAAGUGUAGGAGGAAAGUAUUUGAUGUACAGAAUCUUUUCCACGUUGUCAUUUAUAGCCUCUUUCAGACGUGCCCUCCUCUCCAUUAACCAGACAGGAAUCACAGAGAGGAGAGAUGUGAUGCUAAAACAUAGAAACUAUUUAAUGGGCUCGAUGAGACUGUAAUCUUAAAUAUUGAUAAGAUUAAAGCUUAACUGUUUGAAAGAAACAUACAGCUUAGAUUAAUGAUACUCCAUAAAGAUGAAGUAAUCUUUUUUUAAAUUCCCACCAAGAUUUUAACAGGAACAGAAGCUUAGUUUGUUGCUUCCAGCUGUUUGUAGGAGUCUUUCCUCUGAAUUUAUUAAAUCCCUGCAGCAUCAAACAGCAGCGAGAUCCAUAUCCCCGACAUAGAAGCGGGUUUUUUCCUGUUGAGUGAUGAAUAUGGUGCUACUGUGGUGGGUUUGUCUAAAUGAAGCUGUGAGCAACAUUAAUGAAAAAGUGUCCUCAUGACUGAAUGCCCUCACUUUACCAGAUUAAUGAAGCCAGCAUGAUUCUGUGUUCCAUGUCUGAAAAAGGCUUAUGUGACACGCUUUUGGAAAAAAAAUGAAGGAAACAGCAGCAGCCCUGCAGCUGGUUGUUAUUUGGUGUCUUGCUCAUGGACACUUGGGAAGCUUAGACACUUUCUGUGACUUUAGGCUGAAGGACAAUCUUAGAAGUUGCACUGAAGAAAAUUGUCAUGGCUUGUUCCAAGGCACCAGAGACAAUGGGGAGGAUAGUUUGGGACCAUAUGAGCUGAAUGAAAAGAGAGAAGUGUGGGCCUACCCUCGACUCAUUUCACAUGAUCCUCAGCCGGAGAGAAG